AUGAAGGUGAUUUGCUGGAUCCUGGCAGGUUUUUACCUGCUUUUCUGCUGCAAAGCAGAAGAGGGACUGAAUUUCCCCACUUAUGAUGGGAAAGACCGAGUGAUCGACCUGAAUGAGAAGAAUUACAAGCAGGCCCUGAAGAAGUAUGACAUGCUCUGCCUGCUCUUCCAUGAGCCUGUGGGCUCUGACAAGGUCUCCCAGAAGCAGUUCCAGAUGACAGAGAUGGUCCUGGAGCUGGCAGCUCAGGUCCUGGAGCCCAGGAGCAUUGGUUUUGGGAUGGUGGACUCCAAAAAGGAUGCCAAACUUGCCAAAAAGUUAGGUUUGAUUGAAGAGGGGAGUCUCUACGUCUUUAAGGAUGAGCGGUUGAUUGAAUUUGAUGGGGAACUGGCCACAGAUGUCUUGGUGGAAUUCCUUCUGGAUCUGCUAGAAGACCCUGUGGAGGUGAUAAACAGCAAGCUGGAGCUUCAGGCCUUUGACCAAAUUGACGAGGAAAUCAAACUCAUUGGCUACUUCAAAGGAGAGGACUCUGAACAUUACAAGGCAUUUGAAGAAGCCGCUGAACAAUUCCAGCCGUACAUCAAGUUCUUUGCCACCUUUGACAAAGGGGUUGCCAAGAAGCUAGGCCUGAAGAUGAACGAGGUGGACUUCUACGAACCAUUUAUGGACGAGCCUGUUCACAUCCCUGAUAAGCCCUACUCAGAAGAGGAGCUGGUUGAAUUUGUGAAGGAGCACAGAAGGGCCACCUUGCGGAAGCUGCGCCCAGAAGACAUGUUUGAGACAUGGGAAGAUGACAUGGAGGGAAUCCACAUCGUGGCCUUUGCUGAAGAAGACGACCCAGAUGGUUUUGAGUUCCUGGAAAUUCUGAAGCAGGUUGCCAGGGACAACACGGAUAAUCCCGACCUGAGCAUUGUCUGGAUUGACCCUGACGACUUUCCUCUGCUGAUCACUUACUGGGAGAAGACCUUCAAGAUAGACCUGUUCAGACCACAGAUCGGGGUGGUGAACGUCACAGAUGCUGACAGCAUCUGGAUGGAGAUCACAGAUGAUGAUGACCUGCCCACAGCUGAGGAGCUGGAGGACUGGAUAGAGGAUGUGCUUUCUGGGAAGAUAAAUACUGAAGAUGAUGAUGAUGACGACGAUGACGAUGAUGACGACGACGAUGACGAUGAUGAUGAUGACGAUGAUGAUGAUGACGACGAUGAUGAUGAUGAUGACGAUGACUAACUGUGACUCCGUGCAUUUUGA